AUGCAAAAUUAUAUCAGUGAUGUUAACUUUGAAAAGGUGUUGGAAGGAACUCCUUUGACUAAAUUUUCAACCAGAGAUGAAAGAUGGAAGAUACUCCAGAAAGCAACUAUCGGCAGCUCUGGUCAAAGAAAGUCUCUUCCACGAGAGAGAAGCCAAAGCUUGUACUCAUUUGGCGAUAAUUUAAAAAAACGUCAAAACCUUUUGUCGUUGGCAAUAUCUGAAUAUCCUGAUGCACCGGAAAAGAAGCGAAGCACAGUGACCUUACCAAAGACGAGUAGACCGAGCAAAAGAUUUAGAAGACUUAACGCGUUAUUACUGGAAGCUGUGCGGAGUCAGGAUGUUUCAGAAAUAGAAAAAUUAAUUAUAGCAGGUGCCAAUCCCAACGCAACCUGCUGUGCGGAGGAUAUUUCUGCCUGUCAUCUAGCUGCAAUGAGACCUGAUGGUGCCCUUGCCUUACUGUUAAGUCACGGGGCUGAUAAACUACGAUCUGACAGAUUGGGUAGAACUCCACUUCACCUGGCGGCUUGGGCAGGAAACGUUAGACAGGUCGCUAUGUUAUUGGGGUUUUCUAAAGAUUUGACAAACAGAGUAUCCCUUUCGAUGAUGACACCAGAAGUGGAAGAAGAAGUGAAGAAUUUGAGUCAAUUCAUAAAAGAAUUGGUAAAUGUGAAAUGUAGCAAUUUUACACAAGAUCAGGCAGUACUUCCUAAGGAGUGGUCGGACAACUCGAUAGACCACAAUUGCAAAGAGUUUGAUAAAAGUUUACCGUUAUUAGAAUCCGGCUGGACUCCUCUUCACGCUGCAAGUUAUCGUGCUAAAUCCCACUGCACACAGCUCUUACUUGCUGCAGGUGCACAUCCAUGUGUACGGGAUCUGAUUGGGAGGUCUCCAUUAGACAUUGCAGGAUCUUCGUAUUACUCUAAUGAUAAUAUUGAUCCUCAGCGAUUCGCAGAAACAAUUUUGUUACUAACCGGUGAUAAAGCUCACUUUAGUAUCAAGAAUCGUAAAAUUUUGGAUACUCCUCUCCAUACUGCAGUGGAGCUGGACAGCUUAGAAGCAGUGAGAGCCCUGUUGAGUGUUGGAGUACCAGUUGAUUGGUUAAACCGUACGGGUCUCACGCCUCUGCAUAUCUCUGUAAAAAAAAAGUUAGGAGACAUUUUGCAGGUCUUAAUACAUGACAAGUUAAAUCCAGAGGAGAAUAAGUAUGCAGAUAUACGAGACAAGGAUGGAUGUAGUGUUCUCCAGGCUGCUGUGAUGGAAGGUUGGGAACAUGGUGUAAGCAUCGCCUUAGAAGCCGGUGUAAAUAUCAUCAUAAAGGAUUUUAAUCAUGAUACAGCCUUACAUUUAGCAGCAGCUAUAGGAAAUCUAAAUAUAUUAAAUAAAAUAAUCGAUGCAGUAAAACCAAAAAGUUUAGUCCAUGAAAAAAAUUUGCAAGGAGAAACACCUCUAAUGAAAGCCGUUAUUAACGGACAUAUUGAAUGUGUUAAAAGGUUACUUGAAGAAAAAUCCUCUAUAAGACAACCUGCAAACAAAGUAAACGUAUUCCAUUUAGCUGCAGAAAAAGGAUUUGUUGAGGUUUUGCAAGUCCUACUAGACCAUGAUUAUAUUCUGACUAGAGAAAUGAUAAAUUUUUUAACGGAUGACAAAGAUGGAUUUGGGCCCAUUCACUAUGCAGUACAGAAUAACCAUCCACAAUGCGUAAAAGUUUUACUGUCAAAAAAUGGUUUUAGGUGUCUUAAAACAUCGUUAACUGGAGUAUAUAAUGGAUCCACACCUUUGCACAUAGCAGCAAAACAUAAUAAUGUAGAAAUAGCUAAAAUAAUAAUAAAAAACAAUCCGGAUACAGUUCAUAAACUAAAUGGUCAAAACUGGACUCCACUACACACUGCCAGCAACUAUGGCAGUAGAGAUAUGAUCGAAUUGCUUCUAAAGGAGGGUGCUGAUCUUUCUUGUUUAGGACAAAUUAAGGAAAUUGGAACAACACCUAUUGAUUUGAUCAUGAACAAUUUAUCUAACCCCACUGAAUUCAUGAACCAUAUAUUUGAUAAAUAUAUUUAUACAAACGAUACUUAUAUUCAAGAUCCUAAUUGUGAAGUAACUGUCAAUUUUCAAAUUCUUGUGCCCAUACCCGAAGAAAAACAAGAAAUGAAAGUAAUUGAAGCGUUACUUAAAACAGGAGACAGGUACGAGCAGACGCAUUUACUAGUGCAUCCAUUAUUGGAAAGUUUUUUGGAUAUAAAAUGGAAGGCUCUCUUACCAUUCAUUUAUGGAAUGAUCCUGACAUACGGCGUGUACGUGAUGUAUUUAACAACAUAUGUGAUGUUAAUAUUCUUUUACAAAGACAAUGGCAUCGUACAACCUACAUGGCUAAACCAAGCAGUUCUAGCUAUAAUUCUUUAUUUGGUUUCGUUUUUUGCAGUAGCUUUGGAGGUUUGCUACAUAAAUAUCAACAAGCGAUAUUUCCUCCAACUCGAAACGUGGGUGAAAUUCGGCUCAAUAAUAUUAGCACUGAGUCUUCCAAGCACCAUCGCCAAUACUGAACCCAAUGUAGACUAUCCUCGAUAUAUAGCCACCGUGUCCUUGUUGUUGUCCUGGUUGGAAAUGAUGUUCCUUCUGUCCAGAUUCCCGACUUGGGGGUACUAUGUCCUAAUGUUCGGAAAAGUCUCCUAUAAUGUUUUAAAGGUUCUUCUUACGUUUUCCUUCUUGGUGGUCGGUUUCUCCAUCAGUUUCAUGGUGAUGUUUCGUCACCAAUCACCUUUUGAGAAUCCUUGGGCUGCUCUGGUCAAGACGUUAGUAAUGUUAACCUCAGAGUACGAUUACGGUGACCUAAUGGAACAAGUCAAAACGGUGGAUGGGGCCAACAAUACAACAUCAACUGAAUCAUUUUUUAAGAAUACUUUUCAGUCCUUGCUCUUGGUUCGGUUAAUCUUUUUAAUAUUCCUUAUUUUAGCUGCAAUUGUCCUCAUGAAUCUUAUGGUAGGAGUGGCUGUAAAUGAUCUGCAAAAUUUACAACUAAUAGGCAACAUUAGACGACUUACGAAACAAAUUGAGUUUCACCUUUCUCUUAAUAGAUCACUCUAUAAUCGAUUCCUAAGCAAAAUACUGCCUAAAGACUUACUAAAUACCUUACUAAAUAGUAAAACUGUUGACACUACCUUGGUUCUUCGUCCAAGUGAACCUAAUUCUAAGACAUAUAAAGCCUUACCGUCAGAUAUACGAAACGCUAUAUUUGAAAAAGCACAGGUACAGAAAAAACAAUACGAAGAAGAAAUAGGUACACAAAUCUAUAAAAAGAAGUUAGAUGAAAUACAUGGUGCGAUUAUGAAAAUACAAGAAAAUACCAUUUCAAAUGCAGUAGAAAAUUUUGAAAAUGCCGUUGCUGAUGUAGAUGCCGAAGUAGUCGACUGUAAUAACCACAUUACGGAAAUAUUAAAAGAAAUGCGUUCUUCUAUAAAUACUCUAGAAUUGAAAGUAGACAUGAUACUUAAUAGAUUACAAAGUGGUCAAAGUAACCAAGCCAAAAGUUAUCUUAAAAUAUUCAAAAGUGAUAAACCUUAA